ACAAUGCUAAGCUGCCUCCAUCAAGGCGAUCUCUCCAAAGUCGUCCUUGAAGAUGGCUAAGAAAACCGACAAGAAAAAGGGGCGCUCUGCCAUCAAUGAAGUUGUGACUCGUGAAUACACGAUAAACGUACACAAGAGAAUCCAUGGCAUUGGCUUCAAGAGACGAGCACCAAGGGCCAUCAAGGAAAUCAAAAAGUUUGCUGAGAAAAUGAUGGGAACACCUGAUAUUCGUGUUGACACCAACCUUAACAAACAUGUGUGGUCCAAGGGAAUCAGAAAUGUGCCAUUCAGGGUCAGGAUUCGUUUAGCACGUAAAAGGAACGAAGAUGAAGACUCUGUUCACAAGCUGUACACUCUUGUCACUCAUGUCCCUGUGGCUUCAUUCAAGGGUCUGCAAACACAGAAGGUGGAAAGUGAGGAUUAAGCCUAUGUACAGAAAUAAACUUGUCAAUUUAAUAAAGAUCUCACAACUUUAA